AGUGGCGUCAUCUGUAUUGCAGAUCAUACAACAUUGCACACAACAACAAUGUGUAUCUUUAAAAAAAAUAAUCACAUUUAAUGAUUUCUUAAUUUGAUUUUUCAGAAUAUUACUGAGAAUAAUAAAACGCAGGGGAUAAUGGAGAAGAGCCAGUGGGAUCUGAAACAUAUCUGUCUACGUUCGGGAAGGCUCACCAGGCUGGAUGACUUUGUUGUCCAGUAUCAAAUCAGUCACACAGCGCUGCUGAAGGAAUACGAAGACUCAAAAAGAAUGCUUCAAAGAAAGAAAUUUAGAGUGGACAAAGAAAAAUGGAAGGAACGUCGCCAAAAAAAGAAGGGGAGAUAUGUAACAGUACUCCGCAAGCCAUUUCCUUUCAGGAGAUCUACAAAGAUGGUUGCUUCCUCUAUGGCCCCGAGUUCCCCUGUGCAGACUGGUAGAGUUGAGGAUGUUACCUUGGAAACUCCAGAAUUUCAGUUCAUCAAUGCAGUGAAUCACACUGUUUAUCUCCUUGAUCCUGCCCCAAGUUCAUCAGAGGAGGAAGACUCUAAACUCGCUGCACGUAAAUUCAGUGAUUACUUAAAAAUGAGGAGAACCCGCCACGCAAAAACAGAAUGGGUGGACAUUAAAUGGAAGGGAGGUGUCUUGACCUAUCCAGUGCAGAAGGAUGGCUUCAGCUGUGGAGUAUUAGUGGUGAUGAUGGCACGGGCAGUGAUGAAAGUAUUUCCAGAUUUUCCCGUCAUGAAAUUUAAAACCUCAAAAGAAAAAAUGGCAGAGGAAAGAAAAUUGAUGGCUCUGGAGAUACUACAAGCAUCAGUUUUUGACACUAACAGCAACUGUGCCAUGUGUUCGCUGACCAAGCCACCUGGAUCAGGACCUUCAAUGAUGAACUGGAUACAAUAUGACACCUGUCAAAGAUGGUACCAUGAACAGUGCCUUGACAUGACCAACAAUGACUUUAAAAAAGCAAAGGAAGAAGCGUGGAAUUGUCUGCUGUGCUGUUAAACCCCAGACUUAUUGGAUGCUUGUGUCAAAAUAUUUGAAGACGUACUCUGUUGUCUCCACCAAAGUGAUAAUUUGAGCAACAUAAUACGGCGAAACGUUUUCAUACAUAUCUCAUGCACAUUUCCGUGAUGUUGUAAUUUACCUUUAAAGCACCUUUAAUGUUAUCAUGACUGCACCUUUUGGACUUUACAAUUUACUCUCCUUGUAU